CAGGGUAGGAGGUCAGGCCUCCAUUUUUACCAGCAGCUGUCCACUGGCAUGUCAACGGGAGUGUCACAGCGGUGCAUUCAGGGGUUCAGACGGUGAUCCGCUGUUGCUGCAGUGUGCACUCCAAAGGCUCACCCUCACCGUCUGACCAUCCAGGACCCUGCCUGCGGCCCCCACCCCCCAACAUGGCAGACCAGUACCAGUACAACGCCAAUGAGGAGAAGAAGAUCAAGGACAGCCAUACUAAGGAGAUCGAUCUCAUCAACAGAGACCCCAAGCAGAUCAAUGACGAUGUGGUGAAGGUGGAGUUUGAGGACGUGAUAGCAGAGCCAGACGGUACACACAGCCUGGACGGCGUCUGGAAGCUGAGCUACACCACCUUCACUGUGUCCAAGUACUGGUGCUACCGCAUCCUGUCGGCCAUCUUUGGCAUCCCCGUGGCCCUGCUGUGGGGCUUCCUGUUCGCCUUCAUCUCUUUCCUCCACAUCUGGGCGGUGGUGCCCUGCAUCAAGAGCUGCCUGAUCGAGUCGCAGUGCAUCAGUCGCAUCUACUCGCUCUGCAUUCAGACCUUCUGCGACCCUUUCUUCGAAGCCCUAGGCAAGAUAUUCAGCAGCGUGCGCGUGGCUUUGCGCAAAGAAGUCUGAAAACUCAAAAAAGUAUUGCCAAACAAGCUCUGCUCCCUUUUUCUACAACAGAUGUUCUUAUGUUCAAGGAGUUUCACCAAAUUAGUAUAAUUUUGUACAAAAAGUACACUUGCUGAUUUUGAUUCUGAAUAAAUGGAUUGAAAGAAAGCAACAUUAGCCAGGAGUUUUCAAAGUAUGAUUUACCAUUCAUGUUAAGGUGCAGCAGCUUGAAUUAUCUUUUUUUUUUUUUUAUGAUUUAUUUCUUUUAGUUCCCACAGUGAGAGUGUAAACAGGGUCUUGGGUGAGCAGGAAACUUGUUUUUUUCAUGAAACCUCGCUUUAAAAAUCCCUAAAUGCUUGAAAAUUGCAAUAAAAACAUAAAAAUGUGUGAUGUUCAACAUGAAAAGCAUUUACCUCAAUGUAACUCUGUUUGGAAGUACAUGUUUUAAUUGAUUGUGACAAUUUGUAGUUUCUUGAAACAAUUAAAUUCUGAGCUAUUGCAUCCUAAAUAUGCUUU